UUUUGGUUAAAAACUGAGGGAUGGAGUCAGAGUCAGCGAGCACUUUGUAAGUCAGGGGAAGGACGUUAAAAUUGAUCUGCUGUUUUAUGGGGAGCUUGAAGUGACACAAGGACAGAGGUGAUAUGUUCACAUCUCUAAUCUCUUGUCAAUAUUCUCACAGGACAUUUUGGGUGACUUGUUGAUUUAAUGCAGUGUAAUAAGACAGACAAGUGCUUUUCACAGCCGUUGCAGCUGAGCAAUAAACAACAUCCCAUUAUCGAUAAUUGCAUGUUGGAAAAUUGCUACAUUAGACGUUUAUUUAUUUUUUUGCCAGAGCAUCUGAGAAAUUAUGGAUAAGAUUAAUAUAGAGUGGGACAAGGCUUAGGGACUUGAGGUUUUGCUGACAGGUAGAGUGAAGACAAACACUGAAUUCGAGGAUGAUGUCAUCAAGGCAACCAUAUAAAGGUCCCAUCACUGACUUCUGCAGACCAGGAAGUCGAACCUUUGCUUUAUCGACGAGAUUUUAUGAUGUUUCACUGCAUUAGAAUGAAACAAGAGUGGACAGUGAAAAUACUAGAAAAAAGUAAAACUCCAGGGCAGAUUUAGUUCUGUACUUCUAGAUUAGAAAGGCAAUCAAAACUGGAAAAUAACAACAAUGUGUUUGAGGGUAAUUAUUUCAUGGAUUUGUUCCUGCAUCUCAGAAAAGGACAGUAGCCUCAUAUCCAGUGUAUCUUGUCAGUAAUAAAAUUAACACACAAUUAAUGAGUGUAUAUUUUAGUUGGGAGCUGUUCCGUAGAGAAUUAGAAGGAUGUAAGCGUUUGAUAAAUUACGCAGGGACGGUUAAUUAUAACUUAAACCACAUGUGCGUGCGUAAAGUGGAUAGCUGGGCGCGCACACACGCAGCACACCACUGCGGGGAACAGCUGGUGUCAGACGCGUUGUUCGGAGUGGCAGUGAGGGCUAUGGACGGUUUUUCGACUGAUUCGCCUCUCAGACUGGAACAAUCGUCUCUAAAACAUCCCACAUGGUCUACUUUUGUCUCAUCCACGAGCUUUAAAUAAAGUCUACCUGAAAAUGAGACGCAGAGACAUCAUCGGGUGAUCUCUGUGUCGUUUGCAAAAGAAGGUUUAGACUUGAUAAGGAUUCUUUUUUUUAUUUUUUAUUUUGUUGAUGUCUCACUCGGAUAUGGCACAUCUCUGGAUACAUUAAGAGAAUUUCACAGCGUCAGACGCGUCUGCGGCGGGGGAGACCAGUGGAGGGACUCGGAAACUUGUGUGGUGCAGGAGACGGUCUCUCUCUUUUCGUAUCGGCGCAGCCACAGCUGUCAGAGAGAGAGCCAUGGUGAACCCCUUCAUACUGAUGCUCAGCUGGACUGUGAUCGCUGAGGUUGUGAGAGCUCAGAAUGACACGGAGCCUAUCGUCCUGGAGGGCAAAUGCCUCGUGGUCUGCGACUCAAACCCGACCACGGACUGGAAGGCUUCGUCCUCUCCGCUCGGCAUCUCAGUGCGCGCCGCCAACUCCAAGGUGGCUUUCUCUGCAGUCCGGAGCAACAACCAUGAGCCGUCGGAGAUGAGCAACAAAACAAGAAUAAUCUACUUCGAUCAGGUUCUUGUGAAUAUAGGAAACUACUUCACAUUUGAAUCAGUAUUUUUGUCCCCAAGAAAAGGAAUCUACAGUUUUAACUUCCAUGUCAUUAAAGUGUACCAGAGCCAAACCAUACAGGUGAACUUGAUGUUGAAUGGGAAACCAGUCAUCUCAGCCUUUGCGGGUGAUAAAGAUGUUACUCGUGAGGCGGCCACCAAUGGAGUUCUGCUCUAUCUAGAAAAAGAGGACAAAGUCUACCUAAAGCUGGAGAAGGGAAACCUAGUUGGUGGAUGGCAAUACUCAACGUUUUCUGGCUUUCUUGUGUUCCCUCUGUAAAAAAAUAAAAAAAGAAAAAGAAAAAAGAAAAGAAAAAAGAAAAAAGAAAAGAAGAUUGUAAGCUUACUGACUUCUUCAUAAUGUGUUGUCACUGUAUAAUCAAAACAUUGCUGCUGCUUCAGUUGGAUCUUGCCAAAUGGUUGAGAAAUGAUAGAUGGAAAUAGAUCAACAACUGAGAGAGGAAAUAAGACUUUGGAAAUCAUUCACAUUCUCUGGAAGUGCCGAGUCCCCGUCCCCCCUUACCCCCCCUCCGUCCAGAUAAAAAGGACUUGAAAUAUUCCCUAUCGCUACUGUAUGUUCCUGUCACUCAAGCAGCCUCAGAGAGGAACAACGAAACAUCCCAGAAGUACUUCUCAAACUCUGACUUGUCGGAACAUGCUUAGCAUACUGAUUUUUUUUUUUUUUUUUUUCAUGACAACUGUUGCAUUUUAGUACAUCUGCCUUUUGGAUGUAAUCUAUAUAUGCUUGUGUUACUUGUGGGACAUCUCAUUACCAAAGUAUUCACAUUGCUAAGUAUAUUGGGGGGGGUUGGGGGGUGUUUUCUCUGUCUGGACCAAGAGUUCAUCAAACAAGAGUGAUAAUUGUGGUCGAGGUCACUGCGAACCAAGAGUUUAUGCAAGUUAGUGGAUGGAACGACGUCAUUUAAAUCUGAUGAAAAGAGGAAUUAAUGCAUAUUGUUUCAAUUGCAAAGCUUGUUUUGUGAUGAGGUGAAAUCAGAUUUAAUUAUUUUUCUGAUCAUUUAAGCUCACCGCUGAUACUGCUAUUUUGUUUUUGAUGAAUUACCUGCAACCCUGUCUCCUAGAAAUUGUGUUUAUGUACUAUUAAUUUGUUUUGCCAAACAUAUUUUGAGGGAAUUUAAUUCUUUCCUGAAUUAUGUUCAGUGACAAAGUUUUAUUUAUAUAUGAGGGAAGUGCUUUUUGUACCGGACCAUGACACCGGUUGUAUCCUAAACCUUGCACGUGGUUAGGUUUAGGCAACAAAAGCACUUUGGUUAAAAGUGGCUACAAUCAAUAUUUAACCACUGAUCACAUGACUACAUGUAUCUGAAAGGUGUUGCUUGUAGUGACAGACUGACUCUGGAGUUCCCCUCAGCUCAUAGUUUUAUAAUCUCUCAUUUCAUUGUUUUGGUUUUUUGGGAUGCAACUUUACUGUUUUGGUUCUCGCUGCUCUAAUCAGAGGAGUUUUCAGACACAGCAGGCAGUUGUUUUCAGCAAAAAAAGCUCUAAAAACCUACUGUACACUACCUGCUCACCACCAAACAGCGGAAAGACAAAGUUAGUGAUUACAGGAGACAAAAACAGAGGUAAAAGAGUGGCAGGUUGUGAGAAACACAAAUCCAAAUGAAUGCUAAUGUUGCUAUGUGCCUGCUGAGUUUGCAAGUUUGCAAAAUCAACCCAUAAGCUGAUAAUAUGUCAGUGUUGUGUUACAGUUUGUUUCUGAUGCCUGCAAUUAGGUUUAAAGACAGGAAAAGAUUCUGGUUUCGGUUUAACAUCAAUAAUAACGUUUUUUAGUACUUAAGCAAGACAAUUAUCAUUCCUUAAACUUAACCAAGUGCUCUGAGUGCCUAAACAUAACCACAAAAAAAUGCUUUUAGUUGCUACGAGUGGACAUCGUAUUGCAAGAGUUUAUAUUGUGGGGAAAAACAGAUACAUUACAUUGUCAGUGGACGUUUUGUGAAUCUGCUCAGUAUGAACCUUUUGCAACUUGGCAGAUAUGUUCAUUUAAAACAUUUUCUCAUUAUGCUGACAAAAAAAAAAAUUGGGUAGAAGUAGAUUUCUCCCAAAACAUUUUAUCUGUUGAAAAUGAGUAGUUUAUAAAUGUAUCUUCUACCUGCAUAUUUAUAACAGACUCAUGGUUUAUGGACCUUAAUAAAGUUUAAUGGGCAUCUGAGAACCUUAAUUGGUUAACAUGCUGAUAAUGAACAGAUUCCUGUCACAGUCGGCGAGCAUAAAAGGCUUCCACUGGGCAGCCUGGGAUAACUGAUGAAUUAAUAAACUCCUUAAUUGUUGCUCUUGAGCUCAAUGUGCUCAUACAGUGUGUGAUGGCUCUCCCCUUGAUGUCUACAGCAGAGUUACUGUUGGACUUAUUGCAGUGUGUGUGUGCUGCUGGUGCAGUGUGCAGCUGCUUUGUUAAAAAUCAACCUGGAACCUCGCUGAAGCUUUUCAGGAGACAGUUUAUUUGAAUUAUUAUUUCACCCUGAGAUAGUAAUCUGCACCUCUGUCCGCUUGAGCGUCUGAAGUGUUUGGCUUGUUCACGUUCACUGAUCAAAUUUAUGUUGCUACGUGUUGUUUGCUGACAUAUUUUUUUCAGUCAGUGACUGAUAAGUUGAGCCGCAUCGUUGUCAUUUUUUUUUGCAACCGGGAAAAGGUUGCGGGGAAGUGAUUCUUCUGUUUUCUGGUGUGAAUAAAGAGGUAAAAGGUGGGAAUGA